AUGGCCGGAAUAGUAGAGCAAAUCAACGACCUAGAAAAUGGGUUUAAUCAUAGCCAAGAUUUGGAGAAGCCAUUGAUCAAUGAUCAUCAUCAUCAGCAGCAGCAGCCGAAGAAGAAGGUUAUAAUUUCGUAUACUGAAGGUGAAGAAAUCAGUAGCGAGGAUGAAGACAACAAUGGGUCCUCCAUUGGAAUGGUUUUGCUCAGUACAGCUGUUGCAGUCUGUGGCUCCUUUGAGUUUGGAACAUGCGUUGGCUAUUCAGCACCCACUCAAUCAGCUAUUAGGAAUGAUCUUCAUCUUUCUCUGGCAGAGUUUUCCAUGUUUGGUUCUAUAUUGACAAUUGGUGCCAUGAUUGGAGCUAUUACUAGUGGUCAUAUUUCAGAUUUAAUCGGUCGAAAAGGGGCAAUGAGAUUGUCUUCUUCUUUCUGCAUUGCGGGAUGGCUGGCUGUGUAUUUCUCAAUGGGACCUGUGUUUCUCGAUGUUGGAAGGUUCCUUACUGGAUACGGGAUUGGGAUUUUCUCCUAUGUGGUUCCAAUUUUCAUUGCUGAAAUAGCACCCAAAAAUCUUCGAGGUGGACUUGCAACUUUGAAUCAGCUUCUGAUUGUUCUUGGUUCAUCAGUUGUGUUCUUGUUGGGAACUGUUUUAAAUUGGAGGCAGUUGGCUUUAAUAGGACUUCUUCCAUGCAUUUUCCAGUUUGUGGGUUUAUUCUUCAUACCCGAGUCUCCAAGAUGGCUGGUGAAGGUUGGCCUUAAUAAGGAAUUCGAAGUUUCUCUUCAAAAACUUCGUGGAAAAGAUGCAGAUACUACUCGUGAGAAAAAUGAAAUUCAGGCAUAUAUCAAAUGUCUAGAAAGUCUUCCAAAAGCUAGAAUACUGGAUCUGUUUGAGAAGAAGUAUUUACGGGCUGUGAUUAUUGGUGUAGGCUUAAUGGUUUUCCAACAAUUUGUUGGUAUUAAUGGAAUAGGAUUCUAUUUCAUCGAGACAUUGGCAGCUGCUGGGUUAUCGGGCAAAAUGGGAACCAUAUCGUUUGCCUUAAUUCAGAUUCCGAUAACAAUGAUUGGAGCAGUAUUAAUGGACAAGUCAGGAAGAAAACCUCUUCUCAUUGUGUCUGCUUCUGGAUUAUUCGUCGGUUGUCUCAUGGCUGCAGCUUCUUUCUUCUUCAAGGGCCAAAGUUUAUAUCUUGAAUGGACUCCAUUUUUGGCUGUCGCGGGAAUAUUGAUCUAUGUAGCUUCAUUCUCAAUUGGAAUGGGAGCUGUUCCUUGGGUAAUUAUGUCUGAGAUCUUCCCGAUACACAUUAAGGGUGUCGCGGGGAGUUUGGUGGUGUUGGUGAAUUGGCUCGGUGCUUGGAUAGUCUCAUACACGUUCAAUUUUCUCAUGACUUGGGAUUCCACAGGAACAUUUUUGAUCUACGCGGCAUUUUGCGUGUUGACUGUGCUUUUCGUGGCGAGAGUAGUUCCCGAGACCAAAGGAAAGACUUUAGAGGAAAUCGAGAAUUCAAUGAAAUAG